CGGCGCUCCGUAGUCCUUCCGCUCUCUCUCCCUGUUUAGUGGCUAAAGAUGGCUGAAGCACCUCCAUGGCCCAGUCGCUUCUUCUGUCACAGAUGCUCGGCAGAGAUCAGCCCUCGGCUUCCCGAGUAUACGUGUCCAAGAUGUGACUCAGGGUUUAUUGAGGAGCUGCUAGAGGAGAGAAGUGCUGACAAUGGCUCCAUGUCUACCAUAUCCAGCGGGCCCCAGAACCAGCAGCCAUUUGAGAAUACAGACCCACACUUGUUCACUUUCCCAUCGGGCUAUGGUCAGUUUGCCCUGGGCGUCUUUGACGACAGUUUUGACUUUGGGGCUGGACUGGGAACAGAGGACAACAGGGAGGCUGAAAACAGGAGGGAAAGGGAAACAGCAUCACGGCAACGAUAUGGUGCUAGGCAACCGAGGAGUCGCCAUGGUUCAAGACGGCAAGCCGGCAGGCAUGAAGGGGUACCCACUUUAGAAGGAAUCAUACAGCAGCUAGUGAAUGGAAUAAUUGCACCUACUGCAAUGCCAAAUAUUGGUGUUGGGCCAUGGGGUGUUCUUCAUUCAAAUCCAAUGGAUUAUGCCUGGGGUGCUAAUGGAUUAGAUGCAAUUAUAACUCAGCUAUUAAACCAGUUUGAGAAUACGGGACCGCCGCCUGCUGAUAGGGAUAAAAUAAAAAGUCUUCCUACAGUACAAGUUACAGAUGAGCAUGUUGCUUCGGGGCUGGAAUGUCCCGUGUGUAAAGAAGAUUACAGUGUUGGAGAAAAUGUGAGGCAGCUCCCAUGCAACCACAUGUUCCACAAUGAUUGCAUAGUGCCCUGGCUGGAACAGCAUGACACUUGUCCUGUGUGCAGGAAAAGCUUGUGUGGACAGAACACAGCAACGAACCCUCCAGAAUUAUCAGGGAUGAACUUUACCUCCUCUUCUUCCUCUUCCUCCUCCUCUACCCCUCAGUCAUCAAGUUCGACAAGCAAUGAGAACUCCACUGAUAACUCCUAGAGGAACAUUUCUCCUUAUCGCCCUUUGAGCUGUUUAUAGCUCAUAGGCUGCUUCAACUUCAGAGCAGUGACCUCCAGUUUCUCCCUGUCCUAGGGUAGAGACCUGAGUGCAUCUCGCCAGGAGCACUCAAGCCUGACUCAGGGGUAAGUGAUAUUUGAGGUCCUUUCUGAUGCUCCCACCCUCAUCAGGAAUCUGAACAAAGGAAGGGCAGAGGCCCCUGGAGUGCAGCUUCCGUCAGGGAGGAUAUGGAGAAGCAUAGAUUCUUCAAGAGGUUUGAUCUGUCCAAAUCAACCUCAUACAGGGAAGAGAAAGCAAAGGAAUCCAAUGGUAGAGGACUCAGGACAACAAGACAGUUGUUGUCCUUUUUUCUUUUUUUUAAUCGCCGGACUUUUAUGAUUUAAAAUGACCCACUUUUGCCAGUGAAGCAAGAAGAAAUGUACAGUUAUUACUUUUAUUAUUGGGUAUUCAUAUUCCACAGAUGAAAUGACCCAAAGUGCACUGUAGUGCACUGUUUAACCGUGCACUUCAGCUACUUCAUGGUUUGGAAAUAUCAUGUUUGAUUGCUUUAGUUCUCAAAAGAAAAUGACAAUUCAUAGAAUAAUUUCAUAAUCAAGGUCCUCCAGUUAUAAGGUUAUCUGACACCAAACAAGUACCAGUGUUUGUACUUGAAACGAUGUCAAACUGCAGUAACUUUGUGCCGUUUGGAUAAUGGUGUGGCUACUUAUUACAAAAUUAAACACAGAUUUUUGUUUUAAUUUAUUUUGUCUGUAAUUCAGAAACAAGGAUCAAGUUUUCAUAUUGUACACUUCUACAUUUUGCACAUUUGUGCAUUUUAACUUCAAGGUAAAUUAAAUAUUUUCUAAAGUUGCCAGUUGAAAAAUGAUUGAUUUGCAGUAUGAUCGUGUACAAAAAAAGGUAACGAUAUGAAAAUAAAGAUGUUUGGGUGCUACCACUCAAAAUUCAUGUGAA